AAUGAAUGAUGAUGAAAAGCGAGAGGAAAGGUGGGUUUUUCUCCCGUAGUUAUUAUUGGUGAGGACCCAAGCAAGGCGAGGGAUUAAAAUUCGCCUCCGGUCGAGGAGGGAUUUCCCCGCAUAUAUACAUAUGCCCUUCUUAUUCCUCGUCAGAUGAGGCUUUUACCUAAAUUUACUCCCGUCGUGUCGUGUGUCUUCUCUGGGUUUUACUCGUUAGCUGUACUCGGUCGGGGAUGUGAGGAUGUUGCACGUUCACGUGCGGAGCGAGGAUGACGUGGUGGCCAGCGAGCCGGGCGACCCCGAGAACUGGAUCCAGUUGCGGACUAGUUUCCCCAGGCACAUUCUGGAGCACUUCAAGAUUACACCAGUGGUGCCCAACUCAGAAGUGACCAAGGGCCACAUUGAAGUAGAAGACCAUUAUGAUGCAGCACCGGUUCCGCCGCGGAUGAUGCAUGUCACGUUUGCAUCGGGUGAGUUCGAUGCGGAGUCUGGGGCGGAGCUGGUCGUGGACGCCCUGGAUACACUGCGGAUCGGCGCCCGUGCGAACGCCGAGUACGACAAAGACGACGCCGCCGUCGUCGACGACCAUGUGCGAGUGUGGGCCACGAGCACGGGCCACUCGCCCACUGCGCAUCGGCACGCCAAGCCGGCGAGGAUCCUGUCGUCCGCCGACCUUCUCAAACUGCGGGACAAGUUCCUGGCCACGACGGACGAACCUGGCCCGCCGGCGACCGCGCAGCUGGGCCCCGAAAGGAAUUGGGUGAAUGGAGGAAAUGAUGUCUGA